ACAUAUGUGGUAAUUACCAGAAACUUCCUGAAGCUUCUGGAGCGCGUCCUGCUAGAAUAUAAAGCUGGGACAGCCCCACUGACUGACAGAAAGAUACACUAGAAACACAAGAGUGACGAGACGCCUGAACAUCAAGAAGACUCAAGAUUAAAUAAAAGAAAGAUGCUGUGCUCUCAUGGAUUCCCGUCUGCCCUCAGUCCAUUCAUGGACUUCUCCUGGCCUGUACGCAGUCUGUGGCCAGAGGUCAGACCUCUGUUCUACCAGCAGCAUGUCAUGCAGAGAGACCUACAGGAGCUGCGCAGCAGUCUGCAGCUGAUGGACAAACUUCAACGCCAGAUCCUGGAGGACACAGAGCCUUUCAGGAGCAGCGUGGCUCUGCAGCCAGUCUCCUACCAGCUGGACAAAGAGGGAGAGCACUUUGGCCUAACCCUGGACACUCAGGGCUUUUCUCCGGAAGAUCUGUCAGUCCGGCAGGUGGGCAGGAAGCUGAGAGUCAGCGGGAAGAUGGAGAAGAAACAAGAGGACGGGAAAGGCUUCUACUCUUACAGCCUGCAGGAGUUCAGACAGGAGUUUGAUCUGCCUGAAGGGGUGAACCAUGAAGACGUCAGCUGCCAUCUUUCUCCAGAUGGAAAACUCCACAUCCAGGCAGCCAAAGUUCCUUGUAUCGAGGGGACGGAGAGAGAGCUGACUAUCAAGAGGAGCUCAGAGGAGGAACCACAGCAGAGUGUUUGUUCACAGUCAGAAGACAGCAGAGCAGAAACACAGAACAGAUCAUAGAACAAAAAUGAAAACAUG